AUGUCACAGCAGCAGAUAUCGCCGCAGCAGCUGUCUUAUACGAUUUGGUCGCCGCAAGACACAGUUCGAGAUGUGGCAGACUCGCUCGGCAUCAACAACGUCAAUGACGACGUGCUACGGUCGUUAGCGAUGGAUGUGGAAUACCGGAUCCUGGAAAUCAUCGAGCAGGCCGUCAAGUUCAAGCGGCACAGUAAGCGGGAUGUGUUAACGACGGACGACAUCGCACGCGCGCUGCGCGUGCUGAACGUGGAACCGUUGUACGGGUAUGAAGACAACUCCACGCGCGAUAAAGAGGUGUCUUACAGCAAGGUGACGGGACAGGGCGGGCAGACGAUGUAUUAUGUCAACGACGAGGAAGUCGACUUUGACAAGCUGAUCAACGAGCCGCUCCCGCACGUCCCGCGGCUGCCCACGUUCACCACGCACUGGCUGGCGGUUGAGGGCGUGCAGCCCGCGAUCCCGCAGAACCCGAACCUGAACGAGCUGCGGAUGACACAACUGCCGCUGACGCGCGGCGCUAUAGUCACAGCCCUCAACGACACGUCGAUCCAGACGUCAGUGUCAGAGGAGAAGGCGGAGCACGUAUCGCAGGUAAAGCCUGGUCAGACCAACGAGGUCAAGCCUCUCGUGAAGCAUGUGCUCUCGAAGGAGCUACAGAUAUAUUUCGACAAGGUAGUGGGUGCGCUGACCUCGAAGGACCAGACGCUAAAUGCGCAGCACAUGAAGGUAGCGGCACUAACUUCUCUGAAAUCGGACACCGGUCUCCACCAGCUGGUCCCAUACUUUAUUCAGUUCAUUGCUGAACAGAUCACACAUAAUCUCUCGGACCUGGAUCUGCUGACCACGAUGCUGGAGAUGAUAUAUUCGCUGCUUAGCAACCAAUCCGUCUUUCUGGACCCCUACAUUCAUUCUUUAAUGCCAUCCAUCCUCACACUGCUUCUUGCCAAAAAACUGGGCGGCAGCCCUUCAUCUACAUUGCCCGAAGACGAGCAAGAUUUCUUGGAGAAGACUAUCGCCCUCCGGGACUUUUCUAGCACACUCCUGGACCAUGUAUUGCAGAAGUUCCCGCAGGUGUAUAAAUCGCUGAAGCCUCGUGUCACGAGAACUUUGUUAAAAACGUUCUUAGACUCGAAUCGCUCAUUCGGUACCUACUAUGGCUGUAUUCGUGGUGUCUGUAUCCUUGGGAAUGAGACCAUAAGGUUCUUCCUGGGAAAUAUACAGAACUGGGCUAAGCUUGUAUUUGAGGAGUCUGCUUCGACACUCGAAGAUGUACAGCUUAAGGAAACGUCGAAGAUCUCAAAGCGGGAAGUUGAGCUCCUUGUUGAUGUCAUGGUUAAUGCAUUGGCGAAGUUGAACUCUGACUUACCCGCUGAUUUUAAGCCGGCUACGGAGGAUAUCACAGAUGCCGACAAGGCGAAACUGGUUAGCAGGCUGGGCGUCACAAUCUCCAGUGUGCUAUUGAAGAGGGAUGAUGCAAGACUUUUGAUCGAUGCUAUUUUCUUUGGAGAGGUGUGA